CAGACAUCCUGCGGCAGCCCCACUGCCAGUCAGCAAGUCCUGAAGACGGAGAACUGGGAGUCAGGCAGCCCAUGGCCAGCAGCACCUUCCAGUCCUACCUCAGCCAGAUAUGGGAGGUGUCGCAGGACACCAGGGCUCUGAAGGAAGCCUUUGAGGAGGGGGACCUGCCCGCAGUGGCCGCCAAGUUGCAGGCCACACUCCAUUCGCUGGAAAAUGUCAGGCUGGACAUUGGUAUUACGGGGGGGAUGGGCUCAGGCAAGUCAACCUUUGUCAACGUCAUACGGGGACUGGGAGAUGAGGACCCCAGGUCGGCCUGCACGGGUGUGGUGGAAAUGACAAUGAAUCCCACGCCGUACCCGCAUCCCAAAUACCCCAACGUCAUCGUCUGGGACCUGCCGUCCAUAGGCACAGCCUCCUUCCAGGUUGACAGUUUCCCCCAGCGGGUGCUGCUGGACCGCUAUGACAUCAUCAUCUUCAUCACGUCAGAUCGCUUCACUGCCAACCAAGCUCAGCUGGCCCUUGGCAUCCUUCAACAGGGCCAGCGUGUCUACUUCAUCCGCUCCAAGGUGGACGUGGACGUCGCUGCCUCACGCAGACGCCGCCCCAGCACCUUCUGUGAGAAGAAGGUGCUCAGUCAGAUCCGCGAUGACUGCAGGCGGCGGCUACAGGGGGAGGGCCUCAAGGACCCCAGGGUCUUCUUGAUCUCCAUGUUUGAGCUGGGCAAGUAUGAUUUCCACCAGCUGCAGGAGACCAUGGUGAAGGAACUAGACAGCCGCAAGCGGCAUGUACUCCUGAUGGCCCUGCCCAACAUCUCCGAGGCCAUUCUAGAGAAGAAGGCGGCUUCUCUGCGGCACCACAUCUGGCUGGUGGCUAUGGUGGCUUGUGGUAUCAACCCGAGUCCCGUGCCAGGUGUAGAGGAUGUGGUGUGCAACCUGACCACGCUCACCCGUUCCUUGCAAGGCUAUGACUACAGCUUUGGCCUGGACAAGGACUCCCUUGUCAAGCUGGCUGAACAGAUGGGCCAGCCCCUGUGCAACAUCCUGGGGGUGAUACAGGGCCCCAGGGCCCAGGUAACAGAGGCACUGGUGCUGGACCUGCUGGGUGAGGCCUCAAAGAAUGCCUCAGCUUUCACCCAGGGGCUCCUCCAGGUACCCAUUCUGGACUCCCUCGCCACCUGUGGCAUCUCCUUCGCCACCAUCUACCAGAUGCUCCGCAGGGCCCUGGAUGUGGCAGUCAGGGAUGCCCAGAGAGUGCUCCAUAAGGCCUCUCUCCACACCCCCGACCAAAAGCUCCCAGAUCAUUCCCACCAAUAACCCCAGCCCAAGCCCAGGCCAACUGGAGGUGGCAGCAAGGGGCUAGGAGGAGACUCCAUCUGCUCCCAGGAUGGGUGGUGAUGGGGGGUGGAAGAAAAAACCUCAAUCUCUGACUCUGCUGGACUGUGCCUGUGCCGUCUUAUGCUUUUGUACGCUGGGCCUUAUGCCCUCUCAGGCUAUUGCCUUCACCAUCCUAUUCCACUGAGUCCCCACAACAACUAGCAUCCCCCAGGGAAGCAAGGGGCAGGAAUGUGACACUGGACAGGUAGGGACAAGCUGUCUAGCUGGAGGGCAGCAAGGGGGGUGUCCGUGUAGGCUGGGACAGUGAGGCUAAGUAUUCAGAAGCACCACCCAAAGAGGACUGCCCCAGACCUGAAGGGCCUUGAGGACCCUUAGGGGUAACGCCUGCCCCAGGGGUCAUCACCAGUCUGCCCUGGCUCUGGGAACACCCAGGACCUUAGCUCCCUUCUUAGGGAUCUGUACAGAUUCCCUGCUUACAGCCAGACCUCUGAGCUUUCUCUUCGCUGCCUCCCACCGUCUGCAGUUGUGCAUUUUUUUCUGAAAGACCGUGGGACCCCCAGGACUGAAGCACCAAGACUAUAUGGGUACUCCUGAGAGUAGGGGAAGAUGAGGACGACCAAAUGGUUAGGGGAGCUGGGCGGCAAUGGAGAGUGCUUGGACAGGCAGCUGGAGUUCCUAUAGGUGGAGUGGCAUGAUUUGAGGGUCAGGACUAAUUUGUGGAAGGGGAUGGUCACACUGCUUUGAAUACCUACUUCAGGAAACACUAAGAUUAGGUACUGCAUUUAACUCUGCAGAUAAGGAUGACACUGGAUUUCUGGAUACAAAUCUAAAGUAGGGACCGUUUUUAAGCCAGAGUAGAUAGGGUGACAAGGAAGGAAGCCACAGUAUUUAACCAACAGUAGGCAUCAUGUGUAAGGGAAAUAAGGUCUAAAGAGUUAACAAGGGGCACAUUCUGUUCUUUAACCGAGUAUUAAAACAUUGUAUUUAACUGGCAUUUCACGGAAGGCCGGCACUAGCUGAGAGAGGAGAGGACAUGAGGGUUGGAAGUCAGACUUUAGCCACAGGAGGGCACUGAUUUUCUUCCCCAUACAGACAUGGGAGCUGGAUGUCACCCCAGGACACAGAACACCCCUUUCUAAAGACCUUUCCUUAGCAGAGACUGGCCAGCUGCUCCCCACAACUCUAUGACCUACAAUGGAUGUGUCCCUGAGGGAAGUUCACCCCAGUUCCCAGGGCAGCCAAGGAACUCUGCCCCCAAGGGCUGGGACCCAAAUUUUCCCUGCAUCCCAAGACAGCAUGCUGGGGAGGGGAAGGAGAGUUACCACCAGAACAGGCUUGUGUGACUUUUUAUUGAAACACCAGAUGCACCCCAAUAAAGAGCUCCCCAGAUGCUGCCUCAAGAAAGGGCUGAGUGUCAGGAAAGCAG